UUGGUUUGUGUGUACAACGCUAGGAAUGAAGGAAGUGUUUGGGUACAAGGCACAAUGGCCACGUGGUACAGAAGUGCAUGCGCGGUGGCGCUCUUGGUCGUUGUGCUGAUUGGGAUCUUAGGAGAAACUGCUGGCGAGGGCGACAGAAAGGGGGUGACAAAGAGACACAUCCAGCGCGGAUGGCUGGCUCUACCCGAUGAGAUUGGGACGUAUCUGUACAAUGUAGUGAAUGCAACUUCACCCAAAGCCGGAGAGAUGCUCAGGGACUUGGGUGACAAAGAAUGGUUCAUAGAAGCCAGGCGACUCCUGUUAACGUCAUUGAUGUCAGUGGAUUACGCCGUGUACGAGUCCUACAAAUAUAUCAGAAAGAUAUGGGAGCCUUGAAGACUGGGUUACGGCCAUUGGCUUGAACAUAUGAAAACCUGGAAUUAAUGGCCCAAUAAAGCAUUCUGUGUGAC